GACCUGAAUUUAUGCUCAACUCAUAGACGAAAGGCACGGCUUUUCACGCUGCAGUUCAUGACGUCCGCGAUGACAUUUCAUGAAUCGCACUUUGGCUAUUUUUUUUUUGGCGGCGAUAUCACUUGUAUUAUGGCACUUUCUCGUUCCCUCGCAUAUGACUUUCUCGCAUUGUACAGGCAUCUACGUUGUUUAUUUUUCAGCUAUCUCAUGCUAUCGCCCACUAUGAACACUCUAGAAUGCAUUUCUGACUUCGUGGUACUUUUGAUAUAUUGAUGGAUGAAGUCACCGUUCCAUGCUGGGUGAGCUCAUGAGCU